AUGCGCCGGGCACGGUCUCUCACGCGUCCCAUCAGCAGCAGUAGCGUUGGCGGGCCGCUGAGCGCACGCGUCGGCUGCACGUGGCGCCGCGGCGCGGACCAGCAGGGCGGCGCUUCGCCCGCCGUGCCAGCAGGCUACAUCCGCUUUCGAGACCAGCUGGCCGAAAUCGGCGGAGCCCUCACCUUUCGCGUGCCGGCGCUCACGGAGGACGCGCCCAUCAGGCUCCAGAUCCGCAGCGGGUGCCUUGGCGACGCCGCGAUGAGCGGGCGGCACGCGACGGGCGGCGUCGUCGCCUCGUCCAACCCGCAGCUGUGCGGCAAUCGUAGUGGCUGGUGGGGGUUCGCCGGCGUGACGAAUGCAGACGGCGCCCUCCGUGAGCGUGCGGGCUCCGGGCUGGAGAAUGAGUGCGAGGCGCUGCCACCGGCGGCGGCGAGUGGAGAGAAGCUGUUGCCGUCGACAGCGAGGGCGACCAGCGCACACGCGCUGCGGACGGCGUGGGUGCUCCACGCGCUCGGCCCGACGAGCUUCCAUGCGCGCGAGAGCGAGGCCGCGCUGCGGCGCACCUACGCUGCGUGCUUCGACCUCGCCGACAGCCUCGGCCUGGGCUCGCUUGCCCUGCCCGCCCUCGCGUGCGGCGUGGCGGGCUUCCCCGCUACCGCGGGGGCGCACAGGCGAGUCUACUGCGAGUUUGCGGACGAGGCGUGGUCACGCUGGCAGCGAUAG